UGUGGGGCGGGAGGGCGCUGCGGCGGCCGCGGCUGCUGCUUCCCCGGGCCAUUUUGCUGUGGAGCGACGGGAGGAGGAGCUGCCGCGGAGACCCCGGGCGAGGAGCGGCGGCCGCGCGGGCACCGGGCUUUCAGCUAUCGCGGGGAUCUCGAGGGCGAGGGGAUCGCCGGGGAGGGGGCCGAGAGCCGCGCCAGCCACGCGGAGCGCCCCUGCCCGCCCCCUGCACCAUGAGCUGGGGCACCGAGCUCUGGGAUCAGUUUGACAACUUAGAAAAACACACACAGUGGGGAAUUGAUAUUCUUGAGAAAUACAUCAAAUUUGUAAAGGAAAGGACAGAGAUUGAACUCAGCUAUGCAAAGCAACUCAGGAACCUUUCAAAGAAAUACCAACCUAAAAAGAACUCGAAGGAGGAAGAAGAAUACAAGUAUACGUCAUGUAAAGCUUUCAUUUCCACCCUGAACGAAAUGAAUGAUUACGCAGGGCAGCAUGAAGUUAUCUCCGAGAACAUGACCUCACACAUCGUUGGGGACUUAGCACGCUACAUUCAGGAGCUGAAACAGGAGAGGAAAUCGAACUUUCAUGAUGGGCGUAAAGCACAGCAGCACAUAGAGACUUGCUGGAAGCAACUCGAAUCCAGUAAAAGACGAUUUGAACGAGAUUGCAAAGAGGCUGACCGAGCACAGCAGUAUUUUGAGAAAAUGGAUGCUGACAUCAAUGUCACAAAAGCAGAUGUCGAAAAGGCCCGACAACAAGCUCAAAUACGUCACCAAAUGGCAGAGGACAGCAAAGCAGAUUACUCAUCAAUUCUUCAGAAAUUCAACCAUGAGCAGCAUGAAUAUUACCAUACUCAUAUACCUAACAUCUUUCAGAAAAUACAGGAGAUGGAGGAAAGGAGGAUAGUGAAAAUUGGCGAGUCGAUGAAGACGUAUGCAGAGGUGGAUCGGCAGGUGAUCCCAAUCAUCGGGAAAUGCUUGGACGGCAUAGUAAAGGCAGCUGAAUCAAUUGAUCAGAAAAAUGAUUCACAGCUGGUGAUAGAAGCUUAUAAAUCAGGGUUUGAGCCUCCCGGAGACAUUGAAUUUGAGGAUUACACUCAGCCAAUGAAGCGCACUGUGUCAGACAACAGCCUUUCAAAUUCCAGAGGAGAAGGCAAACCGGAGCUCAAGUUUGGUGGCAAAUCCAAAGGAAAGUUAUGGCCGUUCAUCAAGAAAAAUAAGCUUGUGUCCCUUUUAACAUCCCCCCAUCAGCCUCCCCCUCCUCCCCCUGCCUCUGCCUCACCCUCUGCUGUUCCCAACGGCCCCCAGUCUCCCAAGCAGCAAAAGGAACCCCUCUCCCACCGCUUCAACGAGUUCAUGACCACCAAACCCAAAAUCCACUGCUUCAGGAGCCUAAAGCGUGGGCUUUCUCUCAAGCUGGGUGCGACGCCAGAGGAUUUUAGCAACCUCCCGCCUGAACAAAGAAGGAAAAAGCUACAGCAGAAAGUCGAUGAACUAAAUAAAGAAAUUCAAAAGGAGAUGGAUCAAAGAGAUGCCAUAACAAAAAUGAAAGAUGUCUACCUAAAGAAUCCUCAAAUGGGAGACCCAGCCAGUUUGGAUCACAAAUUAGCCGAAGUCAGCCAAACUAUUGAAAAGCUGAGACUAGAGACCCAGAAAUUUGAGGCCUGGCUGGCUGAGGUUGAAGGCCGACUCCCCGCACGCAGCGAGCAGGCCCGGCGGCAGAGUGGCCUGUACGACAGCCAGCACCCACCAACAGUCAACAACUGCGCACAAGACCGGGAGAGCAGCCCAGAUGGCAGUUAUACAGAGGAGCAAAGCCAGGAGAGUGAGGUGAAGGUGCUGGCCACGGAUUUCGAUGAUGAGUUUGAUGAUGAGGAACCCCUUCCUGCCAUAGGGACUUGCAAAGCUCUCUACACAUUUGAAGGUCAGAAUGAAGGAACCAUUUCUGUAGUUGAAGGAGAAACACUGUAUGUCAUAGAGGAAGACAAAGGUGACGGGUGGACCCGCAUUCGGAGAAAUGAAGAUGAAGAGGGUUACGUCCCCACUUCAUACGUCGAAGUCUAUUUGGACAAAAAUGCCAAAGGUGCUAAGACUUAUAUUUAAUACCACUUAAAAAAAACUUUUAAAAAAUUGGAGUUGUUUCUUCCCACAACUGUGGCUGUUACAGGCAGUUCUUCAUGAGGCUGGACGGAGAACGCCACGUGCACGUUUCAUGUAGUCUCCCGGUGGACUUGCAGGCACUGUGCACCUGAGCUGCCUUGUCUAGUUUGACUAUGAUCAAGCUUCUCGCUGAUGAAAUUUUAUGUGGAAAGCUGCCAACUGCCAAUUUACAACUAUGUCAUUCAAAAUCCGAUAAACGUUUCUUCCUUUGGCAGCAUCUGUAGAUAACAAAGUUUUAUUCUAACUUCCAAUCAAUAUCUCUGAAUUAGAAAGUCCACACAUGUCACUUGGCUGCAGAAGACAUCAGUUCUCUCGUUUCUAUCUGGUAUCCACCAUAAAUUGAGUUACGUUAGGAGGUUACAUUUUAUAACUUAAUAAAUAAACUAUGCUAGUUUGUUAAAUUUUAUAAUCAUUCACUUGGGAGGAAGUCAUGAUUAAAAUAAAAUUUCCCCCUUCUUGAGUACAGAAGUAAAUAAGAUUCUUAUAUUGGUACCAAAGUAUGUAUUUUUACUUAAACAUGGUUAAAUCAUUGUUAGAUCAUCAUGAUUAUCCGAUAAUGUCUAUAUGAUCCCAAACAACCAAUUCAAAUGUGGAAAAAUUUGGUCAAUUAACCAGUUGAUUUUCACAAGACGUUACUGAUCUUCCACCAAAUUGACUGUUGAUCAGAUAUGCCGAUGCCGUCUAGAUCAGCUUAUUUAAAAGCAGGUCAUGGCUACACCUCAGCUCCCUUUGGCUGUGAUUUUCUCACGCUUGGUCGUUGUUUCUGCUGGAGUUUUGCGGCAAGCAGAGGCAUUCAGCUCAGACUCGCCGGGCGGGGCUGUCGGUGGAGCAUGGUGCAGGAGCAGCUUCUCCACAGGCGCAUUACUUUGCAAAGGGGGGAGUUUUUUUUUUUAAAUCAUGGGCAAUAUUUGAAUUUCCUGGAAAUUGUUUUAGAAUGUCUGGCUCAUUUUAUAUAAUUAACUGUAGCCAGAUUAAAAUAAAAUGUUUCAUCAUCUUUAAGGAAUCUGGGCCACUUGGGAAUUUACGUUUUUAAAUUGGCACUAAGGCGGGAGGGUAGAUAUGAAAUUGGUCACAUGCAUAGACGGUUACCAAGCCCAGAAUUUUAUUGUGCCCAUUGCCAGAAUCUAUACUGAGAUCACAGAGAACCAGUUAUACAUGGGUCAGAAUGAAGGUGUUGGGUUAAGAUUCUCUUUUUAUUUGACUUUGAAAAUUCUUUAUGUGUGUCCUUCUUACUUUUAAGUAGGAAAUUAGCUUCUUGCCUCUAUGUUGUGGGCUCAUUUUAUAAGCUCAAGUCAAUUUCAAGCUGAUUUUCCAAAGCAAUAGCUGCACAUCCGGGCUCUAGAACCUGGCAGGAGUCAUAGGUGCUUGUUGUUGUGUUUCAAGAUUCCAGCAGCAAAUUCCCUUAAAUUUCACAAGAGCCACCAAAAUGGAAUUUAGUCAUCUUUACUUAAUGACAGCCUGAUUUUUUUUAAAACACACUUUUCAUUUGGAAAUAAGGACAGACUCUCAGGCAGUUGCAAAGACAAUACAGAGAGGUCCCACGUACCCUCCACUCUGUUUCCCCAGUGGCUGUAUCUUACACAGCUACAGCCCAGUAUCAAAAGCAGGAAGCUGUCGUUGGUCAGCAUGAUUUUUCAAAUAUAUGUGAAUUUUGUAGUUAAAAUUUCUUUGGAAUACUUUCCCUUACAUAACAUCCGUAAAGCCACUCCUCCUGACCUUGGGCCUCUUUGGGGGAAGUGUUUUCAGUUCUCCUUUGUAAGAAUUGCAGCAAGAAAAGAAAAUCAGCUGACCCUUUAACAACAGGGAUUAGUUUUAAUGAGCAGUAGGAAGUUUCCAGCUUUUUGUGUGUAACCAAGUGAAUGGGGAACCUAAGAUAUUAAAAUCUGACCUUUCUAUCCAAUCAUGAACUCAUUUCCAGCCUAUGUACUACGGGAGAAAGCCAACUAGACACUGAAAAAGUCUAAAAUGGGGUAAAACAACAUUAGCCUUUCAAAAACCUGCUCUGAAAAUAGGGCAUUCUGUCAAGUUGUGUUUUUUUUUCUUUAGAGCUAUGCAAAUUUGAUUCAGAAAAUAGCCCAAUUGGUUUGUGAGGAGGGGGUGUUGGUUUGGACACAUAAAUUUACAAUUAUUAAGGUGUAUGCCUCAGUAACUAACCAGAUGCACCUAUAUAAUAUUGACUAAACAGUGAAGAUAUUUUGUAGUUUCGGUUCCAUUUAGUCCAUGCGUGAAGUAUUAGAAAACGUUGGAACAAUUCCCAAAGAAUCAGGAAUCUCCAUUUCCACCCCAAGUAUACUAGUUUUCUUGCAACAGUUUUCUGUUAAAAAUAAAAGAAGCAAAAUCUCAGCUGUUGGUAAAGUUUUCACCUUUUACUUGACAGCUACACUGAGAGGUUAAUAAUGUGUAUGUAGAAGCCUUUCCUCCCUACCUUCCUUAACGAGUCUGCGCGACUUCCCAGAAAACACCGCUCCCCUUAGACUCCUCCAGCCUGAGCAGGGCUGCUGCUUCCUGCUGCCUGUAGCCGGGGCGGUUGUUUUUUUUUAAUAAUGCCGGUGCACUGUGUGUGUGUGUGUGUGUGUGUGUGUGUGUGUGUGUGUGUGUGUGUCUCUACAACGUGCUUAUUUAAUAAUUGCCAAACUAUUUAGACUGGAGUAACUUCCAAUUGGUCAACUGGAUUGUGACUUUCUUCUUUUGUGGUUUUGUUUUUGUUUUUUCAAAUUGCUUUCUGUUAAACAUGUCCGUAAUUCCCUCCACAGAAUAUAUUUGUAUAUGCUGCAAUUUAAAAACUAAAAGAAGUACUUGAAUUAAUUGAUUUCACGUUUUACUCUUUUAUCUGUUUGUUUUAUUGGUGAUUCUGCUGCCUAAUGACCUUUCUGUUUUCGUAACUGCUGGGAAGCCUCCUGGCCUCCUGCGCUGGUAGCCAGGUCCCCUGCCGGCUGCUCUGCACUGAGUUUAUUAUAAACACUUGGGUUCUGAGUAAGUUUUGUUUUAAUGUGGCCAAAAUGAUUGUUUCUUUCUAUUCUUAUCCUAAAAGAAAAGAAUCUGUCUGGCAUCUUUUAAUUGUACCCUCGUAUCUGCCUCUCUAAUAAACGUUAUGUUUUUCCUCA